UCGCUAGGAUUGGUCGGUAACGAGCGGUUUUUAAGCUUCGAUUGGCGUAUAGUUCAUAUUUACAAGGACUCAACCAAUGGGAUGUGUCGGAUCAGAAUGUGGGUGGGAAAGCAUCUCAAGCUAACUAAUAAGUAAUACAGCUUGAUUUGAGCUAAAUAUGAAUUCAAAGAUGUUUCAGGAAAUGUUGUAGCAUUUUAACGACGAGUUUUGAUCCACGAAUAAACUGCACUCUAGUUUGUAAUGGAAAAUAAUAAUAAAAAAAAUAAUGUAACUAGCAAGCUAGCAAAAAAAAAAAAACCAACACAACGUGACUGUUGGACUCAGUGCUAAUAAUAAACAAACAGUGCAGUGAUUUAGCUAGCCAACUAACUAGAUAUUUAAAUUAAACAAAACUAGCCUCCUUUUAGUUCACUCGAUAUGUCAUUAGCAUUAAAUGUGCGUUGCCAAGGUUACGCUGAUCUGAAUGAAUGCAGCGAGAAGCCUGUGUCACUGAUGCCAGAUGCUGAUCACCUAUGGCUGUGCUCAGUCCGUGCGUGAGCACUUUGAUGAGUGCGGCAGGAGAGCAGGCCGACAUACUGUCGGUGGGGAACAUGGUCCGGGACCGCUGGAGGGUGAUUAAGAAGAUCGGUGGCGGAGGCUUUGGGGAGAUCUAUGAAGUCCUGGACCAGCUGAACCAUUGUAACGUGGCUCUUAAAGUGGAGUCGGCUCAGCAACCCAAACAGGUCUUAAAGAUGGAGGUGGCUGUUCUCAAGAGGCUCCAGGGUAAGGACCAUGUCUGCCGCUUCGUCGGUUGUGGGCGUAACGAUCGAUUCAACUACGUGGUGAUGGAGCUUCAGGGAAGGAACUUGGCCGACCUCCGGCGCACUAUGAGCCACGGUAUGUUCUCGGUGUCCACCACGCUCAGGCUGGGCCGACAGAUUCUGGAGGCUAUCGAGAGCAUCCACUCAGUGGGCUUCCUGCACAGAGACAUCAAACCGUCCAACUUCGCCAUGGGUCGACUGACGAGUACAUGCCGAACCUGCUACAUGCUCGACUUCGGUUUGGCGCGCCAGUUUACAAACUCCUGCCAAGAAGUCCGUCCGCCUCGUCCAGUGGCAGGAUUCAGGGGAACUGUUCGCUAUGCCUCGAUCAACGCUCACAAGAACAAGGAAAUGGGUCGGCAUGAUGACCUGUGGUCUCUCUUUUACAUGCUAGUGGAGUUCAUGGUGGGCCAGCUUCCCUGGAGAAAAGUCAAGGACAAAGAGCAAGUAGGGAACCUGAAGGAGACCUACGACCAUCGCCUCAUGCUUAAACACCUCCCUGUAGAGUUUAGCGUUUUUCUCGACCACAUCUCAGGCCUCGACUACUACACCAAACCUGACUAUCAGCUCCUGACGUCGGUGUUUGAGAACAGCAUGAAGACGUAUAACGUUAUGGAGAACGACCCGUAUGACUGGGAGAGGAGCGACUCGGAGGGCUCCCUUACAGUCUCAGCUCUAGCGACCACGGGCCAGCAGCUGACUCGUCUCACACCAGCGUACUUGGGCAUGGCCAACGCAUCUGCGAUACCGGGCGACAUGCAGCGUGAGAACACGGAGGACGUCCUUCAGGGCGAGCGGCUCAGCGAAGCAGACAAUUGCUCGCCGAUCCCGGCUCAGCACGCUCAGGGAGCUGACGUAUGGGAGGAGAUGGAACGUAGCAGAGAACGCAACCGCAAUCACGUCCAACCACAGAUUAGAAAGGUGGCCAGUGAAGAUGAGAGGAGUAAAGAGGGCAAUCAGAGCCCCAACAGCGGCUCUGCGCAGGGCUCUCCGAGGCGGGUGCACUCCGAGACCUUACUCAUCGACCGCAUGGCGCCGCUCCUGAGGAGGAUGCGUCACAGCCACAGCAUGGGUUUGGACAAGAGACUGACUCCUGAACCCAAACCUACUAUUGAACGCUUCCUGGAAGCCUACUUAGGAAAGCAGCGACCAGUCCUACCUCAGGAGAGGAUCGGGUGUCGUCCCGAACAGGGCUCUCUGGAGGAUGAAGAGGGGGCAGCCAGCAGUGGCUAUGUAGCAGUGAACCUCAGCCCGGUCCCGCAGGAGGGCGACUCUCAGGAGUGGGUGCUGGUGGAGCUGGAAGGUGGAAGCGGAUCAGCGUGCUCUAAGCCCGAGGAGGAGGAGCGCUCCACCAGCCCCCUGGCUCUGCCUCGCACCUGGUCCGACCCCCUGCCCCAGCGAGCCAGCACCCUCAGCGGCUCCGGAGAACUCCAUACUGCCCUCUGUCACACCGGCCCUCCGUUUACCCACCUUCCUGGAUUGCCAGGUCUGACAGGGCUUUCUGGCAUCACAGGGCUGAGGAGGCUGCCUACUAUACAGCCAGCAUCGAUGGCUCACAUUAAUAGAAGUCAGUUAGAGCAGUUAUCCAGCACUUUACCACAAUCCAUCCAUCUUCAGCAAAAGGGUGAAAGCGAUCCAGUUCAGGACUCUCCGACACUCGCUGCUGAAGACGACCCCAGUCAACCUCCGGGGAAUUCACCACCCAAAACCUCCUCGCGGCCUCCUGCCCCAGUGAACGAGCAGCUGAGCUUCGUCAAACCGACCGAGAAAGACGUGGAGAGUGACUCGGGUUGUCCCGACGUCGGUCCUUCUACGACUCCGAACCAGGGCGAGACCACUGGGGACAUGGUCGACGCAGGCCCCGUCUCCCCGGUCCCGGCUUCUCCUCGGGAAUUGUCCCCGCGGGCCAGCCGUAUUCCUGUCCGUGACCCAGACUCCCCCACCAGGAAGAAUUUUGCCCCGCUCUCACCAUCCCUCUCUUUAUCCUGCGAGCACUUCCCGUCAGCCCUGCUUCGUGACAAGUUCUCCUUCCCCUCCGAGCGAGGUUCUCGUGCAUCCGACUUCCAGGGAGAUGACCUGCUCUCGCUCUCCUCCUCCUCAAGCCCGCUGUCCAGCAGGAGCAAGAUCCCAAGGCCCAUAAGUCCAACACUAGUUCCAGACCAGUUCUCUGCUCGCUUCAUGCCACGCCCGCCUCCAGGAAAACCUCCUCUCCGCCCAGGGGGAGAAAACAGGCGCAGACGUUACCGUAUCCGGGCCAGCAGCACUAGUGAUACGGAUCUCCUUGACAACCUCACCCAGCUGAUGCAAGAGCGAGGAGGCGUGGCUGUAUCCCGCUACCAACGUACCGCUUCCUCCAUACAGCGCUCGUUAAGCUCGUCCCCUUCUCGCUUCGAGGGAUGUCACAGCCAAGCCCCGCUCACCCUUUUAGGCUCCCCGCCGCCUCGGAUGUGCGAUGUACGAGUUAAACGUAGCGCCGGUUAUGGCGCUGGAGGAAGAGCAGGAAGCCCUGAGAGCAAAACCACUACCAAGGUGAACAAAUAAAAGAUUAAAGGUGAAGAAGUGACUGUUCUGGUGGACCACUGAUUACUUUAUGAUGAUUCAUGGAUUUGAAAGGAUUCAUUUGGUUACAAGCAGCUUUUAAAGUGGUAAUAAUGAGGGUGUGGGCAGGGGCGUAACCUGGCCUGGGCAUUCGGGGCUGUAUCCACGAAGAUUCUUUUUUUUUUCUUUAUCCCUGAAUAAUUCUCCACUUGGAGCGGUUUGUCACUACGUAACUGAACGUCAGUAAAAGAAGACGUCCUGUGAUUUUAUAUCUUCAGUGAACGGAGGCGAGACCAAUCAGACAGGGUUUACAGGAAAAUACGUGGAAAUACUCGCGUCCUAUUGGCUGAGGGGUCUCGAUUCUGCCACACGCUAGCCCACACAGUCAGACCAUGAUUUUUAAAAAUAUCGAUUUAUUUAUUUAUUUAUUUAAACCAGUAAAGGAGUUUAAACUGAAACACUAACGUCCUCUGAUGCUGAGCAGGAAAACGAGUGUAAACGUCUGUAUGAGAUCCAGUUUACGUGAACAUGAUACGAGCAGAGCAUAAGGAAAGAUCAUGUUCUCUACAUGGCUCAGUAGCAGCUAAACCCGUACAGCGAUCGCUUAGCUGCGCCUCCCCUCGGCUAGCGACACCAAACUAGCCUAGUUAGAAAAAUUUUAUAUUUUAUCGCUCUGGUCGUCCUACAAACAGCAACAACACCCGAGGUUUUAUGAUAAAUCCGACUUUUUUCCGAUCAUGUCAUACGCUGACAGCUGAGUGACCUCAGCGUCCAUAAAACAAAACUCUAGGCUACUAGCCGAGCGUGAAAAAAUGCAUGGAGACAGUCUAUUUAGAAAUACGUUUUUUUUUAUUUUUUUUUAUUGUGAAGAAUCUAGGCUCAGCCCCGGAUGAUUAACAGUCCAGCUAACGCCCCUGAGUGUGUGUGUUUGUGUGUGUGUGGGGGGGGACACACACGAUAAAGUCUAAAAUAGACUUUGUCUAUUUUAGUAAAGUGAAGUGGGGAACGAAAAAAAUUCAAAUGGGGGAAAAAAAAUUGAAGCCAACAGUGUUGGUUGAGAUUACUUGAAAGCAUUGUAUAUAAGCCAUUUUAUCAUACCUCCGACAUUCCCAUACUGCGCUCCAUUUCUCCGUAAUCGAUAUUGCUCAUUAAUUCAUUGGUGUGUUUGUUCCAUUUAAAUCUUCCAUGUGUCCUGUACCCUCCUGUGGAAACGUUCAAGCACGCCAAGGAUUUUUGUACAAACUCCCGAGACUCCGUCAUCGUCAUAAAGCCUUCUCGCCGUGCAUCACGAUCAACCUAGCGUACGGUCAGUUCACGGCUCACUCCUGCAUCUCGCCGCCAUUUUUACGUGGAUUAAAUUAGACCGGGCAAAAACGACAUUUUCCCCACAACACCUCAAAUGUAGCCUAAUCAUCCGGGUCAUGUUUGGUGUCUGAAGUUUGCUUCUUUCAUUGUGCGCUGGAGCAACAAGUCUAAAUGACGUCUAUAGCUACCAGUUUAGCAUUGUGCAGUAGCAUCUCUAUUAGUAGCUGAUUCAUCACACACUCGUCUCAGCAAGGUCACACCAGAGAAUAUGCAAAUAACAUAUUUAUCAUCACGUGAUUUAAUAUAUUGUAUGACGUUAUAUCAUUUAUAUAAUAAUAUCACGAUGCAAGCUUUGGGUCAGGCCUCCGUCCCAGUAGGAGUGACGCCAAACGAUCAAAACUGUAUGCCGAGGAGAUUUUUAGCUCUGAUCUCUUGCAGUGUCAGAAUUUUGACACAAAACACACUAGCUAGUCGGCGCUUUCUCCGAGACACGUGAAGCCACGGCAUCUUUUCAAAACCCGUGCCGUUCACGCCACGUGAAAGGAGAAAAGCGCAAUCGACCGAUCCGCCCUGUUCCGCAUACACAAGCUCACAAGGCGCCCGAGAAUCGCCGCGAUCGAUAGGACACGCGUGUGCGCACGCCCGAUUUAACUCUCUCGCGAUCUUCCGGCGAUCUUCCAGCUUUCAGAUUCUUACAGCUCCGCAACACACAUCGUGCAAAUGAGCGCGUAUGACAAUGCUCACGAGUAAACGUUGCUUAGAUAGUUUUUUGCUGAUCACGGAAACCUACCUGUAAAAUACCAAAAUGAGAUCAAACAAAAAACAGACUAUGGUAUAGCUGGAAUAUUAUAUUUAACACGUAGCUAUGACUAGCAGAAGACGUGCAUCAGUCCUACGUUUUCACAGGAGCGUAUUAUAUUACAGACCGUACACUACACGGAUCAUGUGCCAAUAUAUUUCUAUCACUUUUAUUUUUAUGGAAUCGCUUGUUUACUUUGAAGUUAUUUUGCUCGAACCUGUGUCAGACAUGUAUCUGAAAUCUGGCCUUUUUUUUAGUUUAUUUUUUAAAAUCCAAAACAGUGGAAUAAACAUAUCGUGUUUGUUUAAAAAAAAAAAAAAAAACAACAACAGUAUUUGCAUACACAUUUACACGAACUUGCUUCACAUGGAUUCUGAAUCUGUGUUAUAUUUUUACUUUUUUAUUUUAUUUUUUAUUUGUCUUUUCGCUCUACUCAUGUAUCAGUGAGCGAUUUGCUCAUUCAUGCUGUGUGUGUGUGUGUGUGUGUGUGUAUAUAUACAUAUAUAUACAUACAUACACACUCACAAAAAAGAAACAUUAUGUAUAGUCACGUAUGUUACAAGCAAGCAUGUGUAUAUACUGUAUGUAUUUCAGGGAAUGUACUUACUGUAAACUACAUUAUCUAUCAUAGAAUGUAUUUAUUUAUUUAUUUAUUAAUUAGACAUGUUAAGAUGACAAUGUAGCCCAGCUGUUCGUUACUGAGCGUCUUUAUCUCUUCAGCGCUUUUCAGAACGUUAAAAAAAAAACAACCACCACCACCAUUAUCGAAUGGCAGAUUAGCACUGUGGAAAGAGUUUGUCAUUUGAACAAAUCGCUGUAGUUCUCUGACAAUAUUAUGAGCAAAUCGCAAAUCAGCACGAUGUCAAUUUAAUCAUUCCGUGGGGGGUGGGGGGGAGUAAUAUCUGUACAUUAUUAAUGCUUCAACGAUGUGUCUUGCAUUAUUAUUAUUAUUAUUAUUAUUUUUUGUACUGGAUGAGUCUGGAAGGUAAACGGGCGCUGCAGAGAUGCAUGUCAGGUGGCUGUAAUUAAUUAAGGACAUCAAAUCAGGAUUAUAAAAAAAAAAAAAAACUCGACCGAACUUGUUAACGUUAGCGUCGCGUGUUCAUCCCGCUGUAGCCGUGUGUACGACGGAGUUAGGCUAGUGCUUUUGUUCUUCACCUCUGAAAGAAAGUACCUAUUUACUUGACAUAACAUCAGUAGAGCCCCUGAUAUAGUGUAACACGGCCUAUUACUUAAGCAAUGUACAGAAUUUGAAGUGUAUAUAGAUAUAAAUACGUUCAAAGGGGGAAAGAAAGCUUCAUGCUUCAUGUAACGUAUUUUGCUAACAAACAUCAUUCAGUUACGAAGAAAAGUCACUACAUUGGAAUGUACAUGUAUUCAUAUAAACAUAAUAAAUACUGACGUGCAAGAGAUAUCGCUCCUCCGUGGUGCUCUGAUUUCAAUAAACGUUUGUCACUUCUU